AUGGAGCGUAUCGGCGAUAAGGCAAUCAGCAGGGCCGAGAUCACGGACGACGCGUCGGCCACGUUCGCAGACUCCACUGUGAUCCCCGACAGGUAUGCCCGGCCAGAUGAGGUCAGGGACGGGGUAGUCGUGGGCGGCGACGAGAGCUACGAGCUACCAGUUGUAGACAUGGCGAGGCUGCUAAACCCGGAGUUCUCGGAAGCCGAGAUUGCCAAGCUUGGCUCUGCGUGUCGAGACUGGGGCUUCUUCCAGUUAACAAACCACGGAGUUGACGAAGCAGUUGUAGAAGACAUGAAAGAUAGCACUCUGCAAUUCUUUCGCUUGCCGCUGGAGAAGAAGAAGGCAGUGGCCAUCCAAGCCAAUGGCUUCGAAGGGUUUGGACACCACUACAACAGAGCAUCGUCUGAAAAGUUGGACUGGGCGGAGAGUCUAAUCCUCGUGACGCAGCCACACGAGCAAAGGAACAAUGAGUUUUGGCCUGCCGAUCCGUCAACAUUUAGGGAUGCACUUGACAAGUACUCAAUGGAGAUGUCAAAUCUCACAAGCCGCCUUACGGUGUUCAUGGCGAGCGACCUCGGAGUCGAGCAGGAGACGCUCAUGGGAACCUUCCAGGGCAAGACGCAGAGUGUUGCCUUCCACUACUACCCUCCAUGCCACCACCCGGACAAGGUGAUCGGCAUCACGCCACACCACGACGGCCUCGGCCUGACGCUGCUGCUGCACGUGGACGACACCCCCGGCCUGCAGGUGAGGAAAAACGGCAGAUGGUACCCGCUGAACCCGCUGCCAGGCGCCUUCGUUAUCAACGUCGGCGACAUUCUCCAGAUCCUGACCAAUGGCACGUACAAGAGCGCCGAGCACAGGGUGCUGCCGGACGUAGAGAAAGGGCGGGCCACCGUGGUGAUGUUUCAGAAUGCUUGUGUUGCCGGAAUUGUGAAGCCGCUCCCGGAGCUAGGCGAGGCGACGUACAAGGCCAUCGACCAUGUUGAGUAUGUCAAGGGGAACUUCAGGGCGCUGGCUGAAGGGACAAGGUUCGUGGAUGGUCUCAAGAUCAUGUAA